AUGGUGAAGGGGAGGCCCAAGCCAACGCCGGUCAAGGCGGCUGCGGAAGUGAUCUUCGACCCGUUGGCCUCCGGUGCCCGGAAGCCCCGCCGCCCUGGGGCGCCGUCGGCCAGCAAGGAGUGGCACAGCUUCAUGGGAUCGAGUCUCUCGGAUAUGUAUCGGGAGCCAGUUUUGGAGAAAUCUGCUGACACAUCUGAUGAGGAGCCUGAGAUUGAUAUCAUGAAGCUGUUGAAAGAUGUUGAGAUCAUUGAUAAUUACUCUAGAACUGUUCGUGCCACUCUCUACUGA